AUGAAGAACGUGGCGGACGACAUGGAGACCGUGUCGUCCCGCAAGUCGGCGGAGGCGUCGGAGACGACGAAGGUGGCGAUGCGCCGCUACCACGCCGGGUGGACGCCGAUGUCGAUGUCGCUGCACGAGCGGGCCAGUCUCGCAUCGGCGCGCUCGCGUCUGGAAUUCGCCACGCCGGGGUCGUCGUGCGUCGUGUCGAGCCACGGCAACACGCCGAGUAUGACACCGUGCACCGGCGUGAUGCUGGGCAGCGGUGGUGCGACGGGCAGCUCGUCGCGGGUCUGCACGCGUCACGCCUUGGCCACCGGAAGCCGGCCGCUGCCGCUUCAGGCGUGGCACACGGCAAAGAGCAACAUCGACGUCACACGCGGUGCGCCGGUGGGCCCGGAAGCAACACGCGAGAAUGAAGGUGGCUGGCCGCGUGCGAGGAAUGCGCCGUUCUGCAGUGUAGGCGAUGUGUCGCGUGGCUUGGAUCGCCCACGCGCCAACGCUGAGCGGGGUGGCUCGGGAACUUGUGCGAGGCUCUCCAACGCCAAACGAUGUGUUGCGGGUGAGGCAGGCGACGAAAACUGCUGCUGCCUGUUUUCGGGGUGGGAACGCGAUGCGUUGCCCAUCACGCCGGUGGAGGCGUUAGUGAAGUGCAAAAGUCACCUCACACCGUACGAGCAGGAAGAGAUCAUGAGCUUUCGUGAUGUUUACUAUUGUGGAGCGCACGCCCAGGGCGUGUCAACGGCGUCCCUGGCCGAAAGUGAUAUGAAACAGCAACAACUAUGUGGCCCUCUAUGUUUCCAUAGUAAGGAGGACUACUACCGCAUUGUCUGUGGCGAUCACAUAGCGUACCGAUACGAGGUAAUUGAAGUCCUUGGUAGUGGUACAUACGGGAGUGUAGUGCGAGCUCUUGAUCAUGCGGCGCAGCCAUCACCAAAACAAUGUGCACUAAAAGUUGCUAGGUGUCUCCCUUGUUACGCAGCGGCGCUGGAGCGGGAGGCGAAUAUAUUGGAUUUUCUCCGACGUUCGAGACAGCAGGUGGGAGUGUGGGUGCCGCAUGUGCUGGCGCGUUUCACAUUCCGUUCACAUGAAGUCCUUGUGCUUCCUCUGUAUGGGCUUGACCUAAAGACGCUGCUCCGCGUAAAUCUCUUCCGCUCUCUACCGACUGCUCUUGGUCGCGCUGUGACGGCGCAAGUGGUGGCAGCACUGCGGGCUUUCUCUGCCGUCAGCGUUACCCACGCCGACUUGAAGUUGGAGAAUAUUAUGCUUGUUGAUAGGAGCCCGCAAGACAGCGCGUUGCCUCCAAGCAUACUGCAGCAGCAGCAGCAGCAGAAUUCGGGGGAGGAGGAGAUGCAAAGCUGUGUCGAGCCAUCUGAAGUACUGGAAUGUACGAGUCCCCUCACAACCGCCUCGAACAGCACAUUUUCCCCGACGCAUUGGACCGAUGUCGGCCGCAAAAGCGCUGGCUCUCAGGUGGAUGACGAAGACGCCGUCACCUCACACAUUGCCAUCAUCGAUUUUGGCAGUGCACACAUUGGCACGUCAUGCGCGCAUCCCGUGCAAACUCUCUAUUACCGCGCCCCAGAGGCAGCCCUGCGGCUCCCGUACGGCCCUGCCAUUGAUAUGUGGUCGCUCGGCUGCAUUAUGUACGAGCUCUCCACAGGAAUACCGUUGUUCCAGGUCGUAACGGAUGCAGAACUCCUGCAGCGCCACGUCACCGUGUUGGGUGCACCGACUUUGGCAGAACAGCGGGCGCUGCAGGGUCUACGUGCCGAGCCCAGCGAAGGUGGUGACGAGAAUGACGCCGAACAGAGGCAAGCCUUCUUUGCGUCAUUGCAGUGUGGUGCAGCGCCACGGUCGCGUCCCAUGCACGGUCCUAACCUGCUACAACUUCUUAAUAUCAAGGUGAGGGAAUGCUCGGCGACGCAGAGACGAGAACACCAACAACAACAGCAGCAGCAAGAGAAUGAGGCUGUAGAGUCCACCGUGCAUAUGGUCAGAAAUGUUACAGGAUUAGAGGUUGACGACGAUACCAGUGAUCCGGUGAUGCUGCUGUUUUUGGAUUUUCUCCUUGGCUGCCUGACAUGGGACCCGGCGGAGCGUCUUACGCCUGACGAGGCCAGCUGUCACCCAUACCUUGCGCCGUACUUCAGGGGUGACGACGGUGGCGGUGGCGGUGGCGGUGGCCACGACAGACUGCCAUCCAUGGCGCGUUGCACCGGGCUGCACUACCUGCGCACACAUGCCCUCACGCACGAUUUGGCGGCACUACUGGAGGCCGCUGAAGAGGAACGCGUCCAGCGCUGUGCAGUAACGGCCGGGUCGGGAGUGGACGGGGUGCAGGUGUCGCUGCGUUUAGAUGUCCGUCGCGCCAUACGUCCCCUUCGCUGUUUUGUUCCAAGACAGCGUAGUGGGGAAACUUUUGAAACACCGCUGCGUGUCUCGGCCAGUUCGCUGUUGCCAGCGGCAGGGUCGAUGGGAAGAGAGACAGAUAGCGUGCGGUCGCAUACCACCACCUUCUUCGACCCCAUCGAGCGAGUGCAAGUGUCGAUCAUGACGUUUGAAAAUUAUUGA